UAAUUUUCCAGCGAAUAUACAUAUAGACACUAUGUUUACAUAUAUGGUAUGUACAAGUCCGUCACUGCUGAGAGUACAAGUACGAACAACGAAGAUCGUAGCUUGUGAGAUCACGACCAUGGCGACCGCAUCGUCUGUUUAUCAGAAACUUGUGAGCGUCGGGACUAAGAUCGUCGCCGUCGGCCGCAACUACGCCGCUCACGCCAAAGAACUUGGCAACGCCGUUCCCAAGGAACCAGUGUUGUUUAUGAAGCCCACAUCAUCUUACUUGGAAAAUGGAGGGACAAUAGAGAUUCCGCAUCCAUUGGAGUCACUGGAUCAUGAGGUGGAGCUCGCUGUUGUGAUCAGUCAGAAAGCUCGCGAUGUUUCUGAGGCCACUGCUAUGGACUAUGUUGGAGGUUAUGCACUUGCACUGGACAUGACUGCAAGGGAAAUUCAAGCUUCUGCAAAGUCUGCAGGUCUUCCUUGGACUAAAGCUAAAGGGCAGGACACCUUCACACCAAUUAGUUCUGUUAUACCCAGAUCAAUUGUGCCAGAUCCAGACGACUUAGAAUUGUGGCUAAAGGUAGAUGGAGAAAUUCGACAGAAAGGCUCAACCAAGGAUAUGAUAUUUAAGAUCCCUUAUUUGAUUAGCCACAUAAGCUCUAUCAUGACACUUCUUGAAGGAGAUGUUAUUCUAACAGGCACACCCCAAGGCGUUGGUCCUGUCAAAGCAGGCCAAAAGAUAACUGCUGGCAUAACAGACCUUUUGGAUGUUCACUUCGAUGUUGGAAAACGCCAAAGGCCCCAGAUAAAUUGAGCUAGAGGCAUCGACUACACACUGCGGUUCUCACAUAGCGUUCUAAUAUGCUGCAACCCUUCAAUUCUGAGGUCAACAUGGUGGUUGAUACCAGGUUAUUCGAGCUUUGCUUAGAUUAAAUUAUGCUGUUUUACCAGCUUGAACUUAAACAGAGAACCAAAUAAGCAUGGUGAUUGUCAUUGUACUGGAGCCUCACCAGUGAAGUUUAAAAAAUUCCCCCCAAACACUGUGUAUUAGACAUUACAUUUGCAUAGUAAAAUACGAAUCUGAAUGCACUUCUGUGGCUGACAUGCAAGUUAUUUUA